AUGCCACAGGCGGUACUAGUCAUCAACAAAUCCGGUGGCUUGAUAUAUCACCGUGAUUUCGAAGAAGUGGAAGUGGAAGUUGAGGAUAGAAACAAACCUAGUAGCAAUGAUUUACUCAUCCUAGCCAGUACUCUGCAUAGUACAUUCGCAAUCGCAAGUCAACUAACACCAAAAGCGAUCCAAUUGCAGCAACAACCUUUGCCUAACUUGGUUCCAUACGUUCCUAUGAUUGAUCCUGAUAAUCUAGUGCCAAGAAAGAAACUGGGUAGUUUUAAAGGCGAUGAUUAUUUCAAGGAGCCUUUUCAAAACUGGAAUAAGAGCGGUAUAAGAAGCAUAAAAACUGAUCAAUUUACCGUAUACAUAUAUCAGAGUUUGACGGGAUUGAAACUGGUUGCAAUGGUGUCCAACCGAUCUGACACCAUAAAUGAAACGGUAGUAAACAAUUUACUGAGACGUAUUUAUUGUCUAUAUUCUGACUAUGUUAUGAAGGACCCAUUCUAUUCCUUGGAGAUGCCAAUCAAGUCGGAGUUAUUUGAUACUAAACUGCGCAAUUUGGUCAAACAGCUAUAA